CAGUGUAAUCAGUUUGUUAUGGUAACUCUCUUCAGGACUGCUUCUGGAGAUGCCACCAGGUUUUCAGGUGUGUGUGCCCACUGCAGCGUUCCUGGGCCUGUUUUGCCGAGGCUGUCUCAGCAGGACGCAGAGUUGGCCCAGUCGCAGCUUCAGUUCUGCCCCCAAGCAGAUGAGCAGGUGGAACAGCCAAGAAAGCUCCAACUCCCAAAAUCCUCAAGAAAGCCCACGUGUCCUCAUCACAGGUGGCCUGGGGCAGUUAGGUGUGGGACUUGCACAGAUGUUGAGAAAACAGUAUGGAAGAGAGAAUGUAAUCCUGUCAGACAUCAAGAAGCCUCCACCUCAUGUUGUCGCCAGUGGCCCAUUUGUAUACGCUGAUGUUUUGGAUUACAAACACCUCAGAGAACUGAUUGUAAAUAAUCGUAUUACUUGGUUGGUCCACUACAGCGCUCUGCUGAGUGCCGUAGGUGAAGCUAAUGUGGCUUUGGCACGAAAGAUCAACAUCACAGGCCUGCACAAUGUUCUGGACUUGGCUCUUGAGAACUGCCUUCGCCUCUUUGUGCCCAGCACCAUAGGAGCAUUUGGUCCAUCUUCUCCACGUGACCCGGCCCCUGACCUCUGUGUUCAACGCCCUCGAACAAUCUAUGGUGUGUCUAAAGUGCAUGGUGAACUGAUGGGGGAGUAUCUCCAUCAUAAAUAUGGUUUAGACUUCCGCUGCCUUCGUUACCCUGGUGUGAUAUCUGUCAACACACCUCCUGGUGGAGGAACAACAGACUAUGCAGUUCAAAUCUUCCACGACGCUCUCAACACAGGUCACCAUGAGUGUUAUUUGCGACCUGACACCCGGCUCCCCAUGAUGCAUAUCUCUGACUGCCACCGUGCCACAGUAGAGUUUAUGCAGACUCCAGAGUGCCAGCUGUCACUGCGUACCUAUAACAUAGCUGCCAUGAGCUUCACUCCAGAGGAGGUGGCCCAAGAAAUCCGCAAGCAUCUUCCUCACCUGACGGUCACCUACAAUCCAGACUCUGUCCGCCAGACAAUUGCAGACAGCUGGCCUGUGAGAUUUGAUGACUCCAACGCCAGGAGAGACUGGGGCUGGGCACCAGCCUUUGGGAUUGAGGAGCUGGUCUCAGAUAUGCUGCGCUCCGUUCGAGACAAGAGGACCAACGAAGGCUUUUCAGUCAGCUAGCAAAACCUUCUCCCCAAAGAUUGACCAAUGCCCUACCACUGGCUUUUCUUUAGCCUGCAUUUACCAACAGUUUUCUUUCAUUUCAUACUGUGAACCAGUAUCCUGUGUAUUUCUCUGGGGAAAAACAGCAAUGCACCAGGGACAGAAUGUAAAACAGGAAUUCUUACCUGUCAAUAUACAGUGGAAAGUGACAUUGUCAUACACAUUGUACACAAACUUACACAUUUCAGUCUUCUUCAGGGAAUCAUACUGUUAAAUCUUCUCUUCAUCAUUGUUGUUUUUAAUUGUUUUAAGCAUCACUUUACACAUGGGAAUGUCACUUCAAAUGAAACAGAAAAAUACUUAAGCCUAAGAUAUUUCCAAAUGUCAUGAUAAUUGCAUGCAUGAACACGUUCUUUUACAAUGUCUUUUACAGUGUCUACAGUAUAGAACAACUGAACACUUUGAGUGGCAAAACUGUUGCACAUCUCAAUUCCAGGAUCAUCUGGAGUAGCUGGCUCACUUAACUCUGGACUAUCUUCAAGCAGUUUUUAUAAUAUAGUCUAUCACAUGACAAUUACAUAUUUUAUAUAUCUCCACUACCCCUGCUGUGGCAUAUAACAGAGAACCUUUAUUUGACUUUUUUUGCCAGCAGUGUGCCUUUGGUUAUGAAUGAGUACCAAUAUCAAAUCCAGGAUUAUUAGCUUUGGAAAAUAAUUAAUAAAAAAUGCUGUGUUGAUUUAAUCAGUACUUGAAUAAUAAUAAAAAAUGUUAUUUA